AUGUUUUGGAGACUUCUUUUCGCCCUGGCUAUUACCUUGGCCUCUGUAUUCCCGGCCUUCGGUGCUCCUAAGGAUGUGUUGGGGCUUGCAAGCCAAUCCACGGACAAAUAUGUGUUUGCUCAUUUCAUGGUUGGCAUAGUGGGGAACUACCAACUCGAAGAUUGGAAAAUAGACAUGGCCGCCGCGCAAUCUACUGGAAUCGAUGCAUUUGCGCUGAACUGUGCAAGUAUCGACACCUACACACCCACCCAGCUAGCUCUUGCGUACGAAGCAGCCGCAGAAGUUGGUUUCAAAGUCUUUAUUUCUUUCGACUUUGCCUACUGGAAUAACGGAGACACCGCAAAUAUUACUGCAUACAUGCAGCAAUAUGCGACACAUCCUGGGCAGAUGCAGUACAAAGGUGCCGCUAUCGUGAGUACAUUUGUUGGAGACUCGUUUAAUUGGAAUCCAGUGAGACAGGGCACAUCUCACCCUAUCUAUGCACUGCCCAACCUUCAAGAUCCAGCUGAAGCCACAACAGUUGCGGCUAAGAGUGCCGAUGGGGCCUUUUCCUGGCUGGCUUGGCCUACGGAUGGAGGUAACAGCAUUAUUCCUGGGCCUAUGACUACAGUUUGGGACGACAGAUUCUUCCGGUUCCUCAACGGGAAAACAUAUAUGGCUUCCGUAUCGCCUUGGUUCUCGACUCACUUCAACACUAAAAAUUGGGUCUUUAUCUGCGAGAACUUGCCAACAUUGCGCUGGGAGCAGAUGCUUUCUCUGAAGCCAGAUUUGGUGGAGAUCAUAUCCUGGAACGACUACGGCGAAUCCCAUUACAUCGGCCCAUCUGAGCCCAACCAUAGCGACGAUGGUUCUUCGCAGUGGGCAGCAAAUAUGCCCCAUGACGCCUGGCGAGAACUGUACAAGCCCUACAUCGCAGCAUACAAGUCGGGCGCAUCGGCUCCCACCGUGGAAGAGGAUAAGCUUGUUUAUUGGUAUCGCCCUACCCCCAAGGGCGUGGUAUGCACGGGGGAUUCCCUCGGGGCUCCGAGUGGUAUAAGCAUGCUGAGCGAUAGUAUCUUUGUCGCGACCAUGUUGACGGGUCCGGCUACUCUGACUGUCCAGAGUGGAAACAACAGUCCUGUUAGUGUUAGCGUUCCGGCGGGAAUCACGACAUCGAAUGUGACUAUGGGAGUUGGUGGUCAGUGGUUUACUGUCACUCGUGAUGGGCAGACCAUCCUGAGUGGCCAAGGUGGCCUGGUUGUCAAAGAUAGUUGUACUCACUACAACUUCAAUGUCUAUGUAGGGUCGAUCUCUCGGGGCUUUUAA